AAUGGCUUCAACCCUAAUACCACAUACGCAUCUCUCCAUAUUUCCACUGUGGAUUUCGCAUUUCCUAUCCUAGAAUUGCUAAUCAAUAGCCUUUCGUUUUAUUCAGUCGUCAGGUUCUGUGUUAUUUCUGUCAUUGAAAUUAGCAGUUUUGCUGGGUUACUUUUGUGGAGCUAAUAUGAGUUUCACUGGUCCUUCCAUGGGUUCUGGCAGUAAAACUGCUAGAAGGGCAUUUGAGUUUGGAAGGACUUAUGUCGUUAGGCCCAAAGGUAGACAUCAAGCUACUGUUGUGUGGUUACAUGGUUUGGGUGAUAAUGGAUCAAGCUGGUCCCAGCUUUUGGAGACCCUUCCUCUUCCAAAUAUUAAAUGGAUAUGUCCAACUGCUCCAACUCAACCUAUAACUGUAUUUGGAGGCUUCCCAUCCACAGCAUGGUUUGAUGUGGGAGACCUUUCAGAAGAUGCUCCUGACGAUAUAGAGGGUUUGGAUGCUGCAGCAGCACAUGUCGCAAAUUUAUUGUCAACAGAACCUGCUGACAUUAAACUUGGUAUUGGAGGCUUUAGCAUGGGUGCAGCUACUUCUUUGUUCUCUGCAACCUGCUUUACUUUAGGCAAAUAUGCAAAUGGAAAUCAGUAUCCCGCCAAUUUGAGUGCAGUUGUUGGAUUAAGUGGCUGGCUUCCAUGUUCAAAGACCUUGAGUAACAAAAUUGAGGGGGUAGAAGAAGCUGCAAGGCGUGCUGUAACCCUUCCCAUAUUGCUCUGUCAUGGCAAAGGUGAUGAUGUGGUUCCUUAUAAAUUUGGUGAAAAAUCGUCACGGGUUUUGUCUUCAACUGGUUUCCAGGAUGUGACAUGCAAAGCAUACAAUGGGCUCGGUCACUACACAAUCCCGCAAGAGAUGGAUGAGGUCUGCGCUUGGCUGACUUCCAAAUUGGGGCUUGAAGGAUGCUCUUCAUGAAAUGAUGCCAUGAACAAAUAUUGAGCAACAGCUUGGAUGUGGAUGGAAAAUAUGGAAUUGAAAAUUUAUUUGCAGUUGUAAGAAACAAAAAUUUGCAGCCCAAAGGGCUUCUGGGUGUUACACAUGAUGGUUAUAUUGGGCUAUCAGUAAUCUGUUCUUUCUCAUGUACUGCAAAACUAGGUUGAACUUCAUUUAUGAAUCAUGGGAUUGUAUAUCAUUUGGGUCGUUACUCAUUUAUUAACUGCUUGGAAGCGUGCUGUAUAAAGUACAUCAUUGCUAUAACAA